GUUACCGCUACAAGGCCGCCCUGCCUCGGCCACCGCGUUGUCAUGGCUGGGGGUCGUGGGGCCCCCGGGCGCGGUCGGGACGAGCCGCCAGAGAGCUAUCCGCAGCGACAGGACCACGAGCUGCAGGCCCUGGAGGCCAUCUACGGCGCCGACUUCCAGGACCUACGGCCGGACGCGUGCGGAUCGGUCAAAGAGCCCCCUGAAAUCAAUUUAGUUCUGUACCCUCAGGGCCUGACUGGUGAGGAAGUGUACGUGAAGGUGGAUUUGAGGGUUAAAUGCCCACCAACCUACCCAGAUGUAGUCCCUGAAAUAGAGUUAAAGAAUGCCAAAGGUCUGUCAAAUGAAAGUGUUAAUUUGUUAAAAUCCCGCCUAGAAGAAGUGGCCAAAAAACACUGUGGGGAGGUGAUGAUAUUUGAACUGGCUUACCAUGUGCAGUCAUUUCUCAAUGAGCAUAACAAGCCCCCUCCCAAGUCUUUUCAUGAAGAAAUGCUGGAAAGACGGGCUCAGGAGGAGCAGCAGAGGCUAUUAGAGGCCGAGCGGAAAAAGGAGCAGGAGCAACGUGAAAUCCUUCAUGAGAUUCAGAGAAGGGAAGAAGAGAUCCAAAAAAGGAAAGAAAUGGCUAAGCAGGAACGUUUGGAAAUUGCUAGUUUGUCAAACCAAGAUCAUACCUCUAGGAAAGACCCAGGAGGACUCAGAACAGCUGCCAUUCUACAUGGAGGCUCUCCCGACUUUGUGGGAAAUGGCAAACAUCGGACCAACUCCUCUGGAAGGUCUAAGCGAGAACGUCAAUAUUCUAUAUGUGGUAGUGAAGAUUCUCCUGGCUCUUGUGAAAUCCUGUAUUUCUCUAUGGGUAGUCCUGAUCAGCUCAUGGUGCACAAAGGGAAAUGUAUUGGCAGUGAAGAGCAGCUUGGAAAACUAGUUUACAAUGCUUUGGAAACAACCACUGGGAGCUUUGUCUUGUUGUAUGAGUGGGUCCUUCAGUGGCAGAAAAAAAUGGGUCCAUUCCUUACCAGUCAAGAAAAAGAGAAGAUUGAUAAGUGCAAAAAGCAGAUUCAAGGGGCAGAAACGGAAUUCAACUCACUGGUAAAAUUGAGCCAUCCAAAUGUAGUACGCUACCUUGCAAUGAAUCUCAAAGAGCAAGACGACUCCAUUGUGGUGGACAUUUUAGUGGAGCACAUUAAUGGGGUCUCCCUCGCUGCACACCUGAGCCACUCAGGCCCCAUUCUCGUACAUCAGCUUCGCAGGUACACAGCUCAGCUCUUGUCGGGCCUCGAUUAUUUGCACAGCAAUUCUGUGGUGCACAAGGUUCUGAGUGCAUCGAAUGUCUUGGUGGACGCAGAGGGCACUGUCAAGAUUACGGACUACAGCAUCUCUAAGCGCCUAGCAGACAUUUGCAAGGAGGAUGUGUUCGAGCAAACCCGGGUUCGUUUUAGUGACAGUGCCCUACCUUAUAAAACAGGGAAGAAAGGGGAUGUUUGGCGUCUUGGCCUUCUGCUGCUCUCCCUCAGCCAAGGACAAGAAUGUGGAGAGUACCCUGUGACCAUCCCUAGUGACUUACCAGCAGACUUUCAAGAUUUUCUGAAGAAGUGUGUUUGCUUGGAUGACAAGGAAAGAUGGAGUCCUCAGCAGUUGUUGAAACACAGCUUUAUAAAUCCUCAGCCAAAAAUGCCUUUACUGGAACAAAGUCCUGAAGAUUCUGGAGGCCAAGAUUAUGUUGAGACUGUAAUUCCCAGCACCCAGCCACCCAGUGCUGCAUUCUUCAGUGAGACACAGAGACAGUUUUCCCGCUAUUUCAUUGAAUUUGAAGAAUUACAGCUUCUUGGCAAAGGAGCUUUUGGGGCCGUCAUCAAGGUGCAGAACAAGCUGGACGGCUGCUGCUACGCGGUGAAGCGCAUCGUCAUCAACCCCGCCAGCAAGCACUUCCGCAGGAUCAAGGGCGAGGUGACGCUGCUGUCGCGCCUGCACCACGAGAACAUCGUGCGCUACUACAACGCCUGGAUCGAGAGGCAGGAGCGGCCGGCGGGGCCGGGCACGCCGCCCCCGGACGCGGGGCCGCAGGCCCGGGACGGACGAGCCUUGCCCCAGCCGCCGGCGGGCGACAGCGACACGAACGGCCCCGACAGUGUGGAGGCCGCCGCGCCGCCGCCCAUCCUCAGCAGCUCGGUGGAGUGGAGCACGUCGGGCGAGCGCUCGGCCAGCGCCCGCUUCCCCGCCGCCGGCCCGGGCUCCAGCAGCGACGAGGACGACGACGAGGACGAGCGCGACGGCGUCUUCUCGCAGUCCUUCCUACCUGCUUCAGAUUCUGACAGUGAUAUCGUCUUUGACAAUGAAGAUGAGAGCAGUAAAAGUCAGAAUCAGGAUGAAGACUGCAAUGGAAAGAACAGUUGCCAUGAAAGUGAGCCAUUGGCAACAACUGAGGCUGUGCACUACCUGUAUAUCCAGAUGGAGUACUGUGAAAAGAGCACUUUACGUGACACCAUUGACCAGGGACUAUAUCAAGACACCAUCAGACUCUGGAGGCUUUUUCGAGAGAUUCUGGAUGGAUUAGCUUAUAUCCACGAGAAAGGAAUGAUUCACCGGGAUUUGAAGCCUGUCAACAUUUUUUUGGAUUCCGAUGACCAUGUAAAAAUAGGUGAUUUUGGUUUGGCGACAGACCAUCUAGCCUUUGCUGCUGAUGGCAAACAAGAUGAGACAUCAGAUCACUUGAUGAAGUCAGACCCUUCAGGCCAUUUGACUGGGAUGGUUGGCACUGCUUUAUAUGUAAGCCCAGAGGUCCAAGGAAGCACCAAAUCUGCAUACAACCAGAAAGUGGAUCUCUUUAGCCUGGGAAUUAUCUUCUUUGAGAUGUCCUAUCACCCCAUGGUCACAGCCUCAGAAAGGAUCUUCGUUCUCAACCAGCUCAGGGAUCCCACUUCGCCUAAGUUUCCAGAAGACUUCGAUGAUGGAGAGCACACAAAGCAGAAAUCUGUCAUCUCCUGGCUGUUGAACCACGAUCCAGCAAAGCGGCCCACAGCCACAGAGCUGCUCAAGAGUGAGCUGCUGCCCCCACCCCAGAUGGAGGAAUCGGAGCUGCAUGAAGUGCUGCACCACACCCUGGCCAACGUGGAUGGGAAGGCCUAUCGCACCAUGAUGGCCCAGAUCUUCUCCCAGCGCAUCUCCCCUGCCAUCGAUUAUACCUACGACAGCGACAUCCUCAAGGGCAACUUCUCAAUCCGUACAGCCAAGAUACAGCAACACGUGUGUGAAACCAUCAUCCGCAUCUUUAAAAGACAUGGAGCUGUCCAACUGUGCACUCCACUACUGCUUCCCCGAAAUAGGCAAAUAUACGAGCACAACGAAGCCGCCUUGUUCAUGGACCACAGCGGGAUGCUGGUGAUGCUUCCUUUCGACCUGCGGGUUCCUUUUGCAAGAUACGUGGCAAGAAAUAAUAUACUGAAUUUAAAACGAUACUGCAUAGAACGUGUGUUCAGACCUCGCAAGUUAGACCGAUAUCAUCCCAAAGAACUUCUGGAAUGUGCAUUUGAUAUUGUCACCUCUACCACCAACAGCUCCCUGCCCACUGCUGAAAUCAUCUACACUAUCUAUGAAAUCAUCCAAGAGUUUCCAGCACUUCAGGAAAGAAAUUAUAAUAUUUACUUGAACCAUACCAUGUUAUUGAAAGCAAUACUCUUACACUGUGGGAUCCCAGAAGAUAAACUCAGUCAAGUCUACGUUAUUUUGUAUGAUGCCGUGACAGAAAAGCUGACGAGGAGAGAAGUGGAAGCUAAAUUUUGUAAUCUGUCUUUGUCUUCUAAUAGCCUGUGUCGACUCUACAAAUUUAUUGAGCAGAAGGGAGAUUUGCAAGAUCUGACACCAACAAUAAAUUCAUUAAUAAAACAGAAAACAGGUGUUGCCCCAUUGGUGAAGUAUGGCUUAAAAGAUCUAGAAGACGUUGUUGGACUGUUGAAGAAACUUGGCAUAAAGUUACAGGUCUUGAUCAAUUUGGGCUUGGUUUACAAGGUACAGCAGCACAACGGAAUCAUCUUCCAGUUUGUGGCGUUCAUCAGACGGAGGCAAAGGGCUAUAUCUGAAAUCCUGGCAGCUGGUGGCAGAUAUGACCUGCUGAUUCCCCAGUUUAGGGGACCACAGGCUCUGGGGCCAGUUCCCACUGCCAUUGGGGUCAGCAUAGCUAUAGACAAGAUAUCUGCCGCCGUCUUCAACAUGGAAGAACCUGUUACAAUAAGCUCUUGUGACCUCCUGGUCGUAAGCGUUGGCCAGAUGUCCAUGUCCAGGGCCAUCAACCUAACCCAGAAACUCUGGACAGCGGGGAUCACAGCAGAAAUCAUGUACGACUGGUCACAGUCCCAAGAGGAAUUACAGGAGUACUGCAGACAUCAUGAAAUCACCUAUGUGGCCCUGGUCUCAGAUAAAGAAGGAAGCCACGUCAAGGUUAAGUCUUUUGAGAAGGAAAGGCAAACAGAGAAACGCGUACUGGAAUCCGAUCUUGUGGACCACGUGGUGCAGAAACUGAGGACUAAAGUCAGUGACGAAAGGACCAUCAGAGAAGCUUCCGAUAAUCUUGCAGUGCAAAAUCUGAAGGGGUCAUUUUCUAAUGCUUCAGGUUUGUUUGAAAUCCAUGGAGCAACAGUUGUUCCCAUUGUGAGUGUGAUAGCCCCAGAGAAGCUGUCGGCCAGCACUAGGAGGCGGUAUGAAACUCAGGUACAGACCCGGCUUCAGACGUCCCUUGCCAACUUACAUCAGAAGAGCAGUGAAAUUGAGAUUUUGGCUGUGGAUCUACCCAAAGAAACAAUCUUACAGUUUUUAUCAUUAGAGUGGGAUGCUGAUGAACAGGCAUUUAACACAACUGUGAAGCAGCUGCUGUCACGCCUGCCAAAGCAAAGAUACCUCAAAUUAGUGUGUGAUGAAAUUUAUAGCAUCAAAGUAGAAAAAAAGGUGUCUGUGCUAUUCCUGUAUAGCUACAGAGAUGACUACUACAGAAUCUUAUUUUAAUCCUAAAGAACAGUCAUUACAGUGUUCAAGCAGACAGGAGCUUAUACUAUAAAAGGUUGUACGUAGAUGUUAGCUCAGAGCCGGUCUUCCUCAGCAAAAAGAGGAGGAUUAGCACAGAUGUUAGCUCAGGGCUGAUCUUCCUCACAAAAAAAAAAAAAAAAAGGUUGUACAUUCAUUGUAAUUUUAAAUUAACUUUACAUUCUGAGAAGCUGUCCUACAAAGUUGAGCUUUGUAAGUUUUUCAUGUGUAAUAUAUUAUAAAUUUAUCUUUUUGAAUAUAAUAAAUGUUUUCAUAUA